AUGGCAGACACCGCCACCACCAACGACGCCGACGCUGCCGCCCAGCGAGCCGCCGAACAGGCGCGCCUUCGCAAGGAGCGCCGCGAGGCCAAGAUCAAGGCGGGAGGAUCCGCGAGGCUGGAGAAAAUCACCGGUGUGGGCGGUCGCGUCACUGGAGACUCAACGCCCAUCAUCUCCCCGUCUGCUCCCGCCACCCUCUCCAAGGGCGCCUCCUCGAGCGAACAGCACCUGGACCCCGCCGAGGUCGACAUCUCCGAGCACUUCUUCGCCCCGAAAAAGUCGUCGUCCCGCAAGACGCUCGAUGGCGUCUUCUCGCCCAGCCCCGAGCCGUCGCUGUCCGAGGCGCAGCUGCGCCAGAUGAUGCUCGGCUUCGACCGCCCCGACCAAGCUCCCGCCGGCGUUGGUGGUGGUGGUCCGCAAGCUGCUGGCCUCGGCGGCUCGCAAACGACGGGCCUUGCCCUGCCGCCCGGCAUGGAGGACGACCCCAUCAUGAAGAUGAUGUCGCAGAUGAUGGCCGGCGGCUCCAUCCCCGGCUUCGGCGGCGGCGGCGCGGACGGCGUCCCCAACCCCUUUGCCAACAUGAACCUGCCGCAGCAGCAGGCCGCCGUCCAGCUCCCCAAGCAGUCGUCCCUGUCCCUGUGGCGCCUCAUCCAUGCCCUCGUCGCCCUCGGCUUGGGCUUCUUCUUUGUCCUCACGACGAAUUUCCACGGCAGCAAGAUCGAGCGCGAACGUACCGCCCUGGCUUUGGACGAGAAAGAGGUGGACGGUGAGAUUGAGAGGCGCAAGAGCUUGUUCUUUUGGACAUUUGCUACGGCAGAGGUCUUGCUGCUGUCUACUAGGUUCUUCCUUGACAAGAGGAGUACUAACGCUUCUGGAUUUGUCGCGACUGCCAUCUCGUACUUGCCGCAGCCGUACCGGGGAUAUAUCGAGGUUGGACAGCGAUACGUGCAGAUCUUCUCCGCUGUCAGGACGGAUAUUCUGACGUGCAUCUUUGUGCUUGGAGUUGUCUCUUGGUGGUCACAAUGA